GGGGCGGCUUCCGGAAUCUGGCAAAACCUUUUCCUCUGGCUCCUGUUAGGGCGCGGGUUAGGUGUUCACCGCCUCGUGUCCUCGGCUCCCGGAGGCCCGGGUGAUUCGGCCACAGCCUCGGCCUCCGUCGCUCUGUGAGCUGCGGGCAUUGGAUGAUUCGUAGCUAAGACUCCGCGACACCCUGAAGCCCAGAAAUGGAACUCUUAACAUUCAGGGAUGUGGCCGUAGAAUUCUCCUCAGAAGAGUGGAAAUGUCUGGAUCCUGCCCAGCAGAAUUUAUAUAGAGAUGUGAUGUUGGAGAAUUACAGAAACCUGGUCUCCCUGGGUGUUGUGAUCUCUAACCCAGACCUGGUCACCUAUCUGGAACAAAGAAAAGAGCCCUACAAUUUGAAGAUACAUGAGACAGCAGCCAAACCCCCAGGCUUUGAUGUUGUAUCCAAAAAGUGAUUGCCAAGACUGGUUGCAUGAAGCCUUCAUCAAAUAUGCUACGUGUUCUCCUUUCACCCAAGACCUUUCACCAGUUCAGGGGACAGAAGAUUCUUUCCAUAAACGUAUACUGAGAAGAUGUGAGAAAUGUGGACAUGAGAAUUUACGAUUAAGAAAAGACUAUAAAGGUGUGAAUAAGUGUAACGUGCAGAGAGGAGUUUAUAAUGGACUUUACCAAUGCUUGUCAAUUUCCCAGAGCAAAAUAUUUCAGUGUAAUGCAUGUGUUGAAGUUUUUAGUAAAUUUUCAAAUUCAAACAAACAGACAAAACACACUGGAGAGAAACCCUUUACAUGUACAGAAUGUGGCAGAUCAUUUUACGUGUCACACCUAACUCAACAUACAGGAAUUCAUGCUGGAGAGGAACCCUGCAAAUGUGAAAAAUGUGGCAAAGCCUUUAAUAGUUCCACAUCCCUUACUAAACAUAAGAGAGUUCAUACUGGAGGGAAACCCUACACGUGUGAAGAAUGUGGCAAAGCCUUUAGACGGUCCACAGUGCUGAAUGAACAUAAGAAAAUUCAUACUGGAGAGAAACCCUACAAAUGUGAAGAAUGUGGCAAAGCCUUUACACGGUCCACAACGCUGAAUGAACAUAAGAAAAUUCAUACUGGAGAGAAACCCUACAAAUGUAAAGAAUGUGGCAAAACCUUUAGAUGGUCCACAAGCCUGAAUGAACAUAAGAAUAUUCAUACUGGAGAGAAACCCUACAAAUGUAAAGAAUGUGGCAAGGCCUUUAGACAGUCCAGAAGCCUGAAUGAACAUAAAAAUAUUCAUACUGGAGAAAAACCCUACACAUGUGAAAAAUGUGGCAAAGCUUUUAACCAAUCCUCAAGUCUUAUUAUACACAGAAGCAUUCAUUCUGAACAAAAACUUUACAAAUGUGAAGAAUGUGGCAAAGCCUUUACUUGGUCCUCAUCCCUUAAUAAACAUAAGAGAAUUCAUACUGGCGAGAAACCCUACACAUGUGAAGAAUGUGGCAAAGCCUUUCAUAGGUCCUCACAUCUUGCUAAGCAUAAGAGAAUUCACACUGGAGAGAAACCCUACAGAUGUGAAGAAUGUGGCAAAGCUUUUAACCAAUCCUCCACUCUUAUAUUACACAAGAGAAUUCAUUCUGGGCAAAAACCUUACAAAUGUGAGGAAUGUGGCAAAGCCUUUACACGGUCCACAACUCUGAAUGAACAUAAGAAAAUUCAUACUGGAGAGAAACCCUACAGAUGUAAAGAAUGUGGCAAAGCCUUUAUAUGGUCCACAAGCCUGAAUGAACAUAAGAAAAUUCAUACUGGAGAGAAACCCUACAAAUGUAAAGAAUGUGGCAAAGCUUUUAACCAAUCCUCAGGCCUUAUUAUACACAGGAGCAUUCAUUCUGAACAAAAACUUUACAAGUGUGAAGAAUGUGGCAAAGCCUUUACUCGGUCCACAGCCCUGAAUGAACAUAAGAAAAUUCAUUCUGGAGAGAAACCCUACAAAUGUAAAGAAUGUGGCAAAGCCUAUAACUUAUCCUCAACCCUUAAUAAACAUAAGAGAAUUCAUACUGGAGAGAAACCCUUCACAUGUGAAGAAUGUGGCAAAGCCUUCAAUUGGUCCUCAUCCCUUACUAAACAUAAGAUAAUUCACACUGGAGAGAAAUUCUACAAAUGUGAAGAAUGUGACAGAGCUUUUUCUCGGCCCUCAACCCUUACUGUACAUAAGCGAAUUCAUACUGUCAAGGAACAUAUUUGAUAACAUAGUUGAAUGACAUUGCUAAGUAAUUUUUUCUUCCAGUGUCUUUAAACAAAUAAAUUCAAGAAUAUUGUUCCCAUA